AUGUUCGGCUGGCUACACGCAAUUCUGGACUGGAUUCUCUUCCACUUGAAGCUUAUACCAAAUCGACAAGUAGGAUGGAAAUCACUCAACCGAAAAACCGGCCAGCUCGAACGUGAGCAAGAGCCGGUCCUCAAAAAGCUCAAACUCCUCGCUCUUUUCAAUCCCCUCACAGAAUGGCUGGAUACAACACACGCCAUGCGUCUUUACAUUCACAACAAGAGCAUCAAGGAGGGCAAAGAGGAAGCAAUGCCAGCCUCGCACGACCGUAUCAAGGCUUUUGUCGAAUUCUACAACAUCAACAUGGAUGAUUUCGAGCCUUCAGAUCUGGAGAAGUACCGCACAUUUGAAGACUUCUUCGUGAGGCGGCAUAAGGAUGGUACACGACCGAUUCAUGAAAAGAAUGAUCCGAAGAAAGCGAUCGUGUGUUGCGACUGUCGUGUUGUAACAUAUGACACCGUACCUCAAGCCAAAAAGCUAUGGAUCAAAGGCACCGAUUUUAGCAUUACGAAUCUUAUUAUGGAUGUCAACCUUGGCGCUAAAUUUGACGAUGGAUCCGUUGCUAGCUUCAGACUUAGUCCACAAGAUUACCAUCGAUAUCACAGCCCCGUGACCGGCACGAUCAAAGAAUUUAAAAGUUUGCCUGGCGAUUACUACGAGGUAGAUCCCAUCGCCCUUCGGAGCCGUGUGAAUAUCCUCACUUCGAAUGCUCGAGACUAUGUUUUGAUAGAUACUGCCGAAUUCGGCGAAGUUCUUUUCGUAGCUAUCGGAGCGACGGAUGUCGGGACUGUCUACAUCCACGAAAAGUACCGCACUCCCGGUGCAGAAAUCACCAAGGGCGACGAACUCGGCAUCUUCCAAUUCGGCGGCUCAUCCAUCAUCGUUGCCUUCCAGAAAGAUCGUAUCAAAUUCGACGACGACCUCCGUGACUGCAGCAAUGCCUGUAUCCAAGUCUCAGUUGAAGUCGGAAUGAGUCUGGGUGAGGCAACGUCCUCGAGCCAUGCCGACGUAAAUGGUGGUGACACCAUAUCAGAGGAGGAUCAUCGCAGCUUUGCGGAUGUUGUGAAAGAGUAA